AUGAUCGCUAUCAAGAUUAUCCAAAAGGGCGGUGCGACGAAAGAAUUCCUGGAUAAGUUUCUGCCGCGCGAGAUACGCGCCUUGCAGCGCCUCCACCAUCCGAACAUUCUUACCCUCUACCGCCUAGUGGAGACCCCACGACAGACAGGUGUACUUCAUGUGGAGAUGGCACACAAUGGUGAUCUCCUGGACUACAUCAAUACCAGCAGGGGCUUACCCGAGCAGCAAGCCCGGUUUGUGAUAAGAGGCAUAUCAUCGGGCAUCGCUUACUGCCACGCCAAGGGGAUCGUGCACCGAGACCUAAAGUGUGAGAACAUCAUGCUCACCAAAGACAUGGACAUCAAAAUUGGAGAUUUUGGUUUUGCUCGAGAAGUGGAUGACAGAGGGGCUGGAGUUUCCACUCCUUGUGGCUCCUUCUCAUAUGCAGCUCCCGAGCUCUUCUCCAACCGACUGGGAGCAACUUACGAUGCAAAGAAGGCUGACGUUUGGAGCAUGUGA